AUGAUACACCGGUUGCGGACUGCAACAACAACAACAACCCAACUUUCUGUGUUUAUUUAUGAAAGUCAGUCAGGAAGAAGUCACCAGAAAAUGCUGAAGAAAUUUCCACUGAAUGAUCCCACAAGGCAAAACCUUGGCUUUGUGAAUCCAUCUACUAGACAGGACAUUUCUGCUGUUGCAGUAUUAAGCCUGGCCAACAGAUUUGGGUGCCAUGUUCAAGCAGACCUGCUGAUGGAUGAGUAUGCUGACUACCAGCUGAGUCAAGACUCAGAGCUGCCAUUUAUCAGUGAAGACACAAGUCUUGACAGUUUCUGGUUUAAGAUCGAAAUUCUGAAGACAAUGAGUGGUGGGCAUAGGUUUGGACAGCGCAGUGAAGUAGCUCUGACUGUCCUUUCCCUGCCCCACAGCAAUGCUUAUCCAAAGAGAUGUUUCAGUACAGUUAGAAAAAUUCAAACAGAUCACAGAGACAAUUUGGCAAACAGAACUUUGAGUUUGAAUUCGUUGUUAAGGUUCGAGUUCAGUGAGAACAGUGAAUGUUUUAGGUUUAAUAUGAGCAAAGAACUUCUCAGAUCAUCAAAAGAGGCCUGUAGUCUGUACAAACUUAACAGGAAAUAAAUGUGAACCUUAAAGAGGCUUAUACAAUAGACUGUAGGAAAUUGUUUAUACUAAAGAAAUUAUUUAGUAUGUAUUGAUUGAAUAAUAAUAAUAAAAGAUAUGAUUUGUGUCACAA